AUGAGACACCGGGUCACACCUCCGUCACCGGAUCAGCCAACCCCACACAACAGGUCACCUCAGACACCGGGUCACAGCCCCAUCACCGUAUCACAGUCCCCACACCAGUUCACCUCAGACACCGGGUCACACCUCCCUCACCGGAUCACAGCCCCACCAAUCCAGGUCACCUCAGACACCGGGUCACAGCUCUCUCACCUGAUCACACCCCCCACACCAGUUCACCUCAGACACCAGGUCACACCUCCCUCACCGGAUCACACCUCCGUCACCCGAUCACACCUCCGUCACCCGAUCACACCCCCCACACCAGGUCACCUAAGACAUAGGGUCACACCUCCGUCACCGGAUCACAUCCCCCACACCAGGUCACUUCAGAUACCGGGUCACACCACCGUCACCGGAUCACACCCCCCACACCAGGUCACACCCCCCACACCAGGUCACCUCAGACACUGGGUCACAUCUCCGUCACCAGAUCACAUCCUGCAGACCAGGUCACCUCAGACACCGGGUCACACCUCCCUCCCCGGAUCACACCCCCCACACCAGGUCACCUCAGACACCCCGGGUCACACCUCCGUCACCGGAUCACACCAGGUCACCUCAGACAUUGAGUCACACUUCCGUCAACAGAUCACACCCCCCCCACCAGGUCACAUGAGACACCAGGUCACACCUCCAUCACUGGAUCACCCCCCCCCCACAACAGGUCACCUCAGACACCGGGUCACAGCUCCGUCACCAGAUCACACCCCCCACCCCAGUUCACCUCAGACACCGGGUCACACCUCCGUCACCAGAUCACACCCCCCACACCAGGUCAGCUCAGACACCCCGGGUCACACCUCCGUCACCGGAUCACACCAGGUCACCUCAGACAUUGAGUCACACUUCCGUCAACAGAUCACACCCCCCCACCAGGUCACCUCAGACACAGGGUCACAUCUCCGUCAACGGAUCACAUCCCCCACACCAGGUCACCUCAGACACCGGGUCACACCUCCGUCACCGGAUCACACCAGGUCACCUCAGACAUCGAGUCACAUCUCCGUCAACGGAUCGCACCCCCCCCCCACCAGGUCACAUGAGACACCGGGUCACACCUCCGUCACCGGAUCAGCCAACCCCACACAACAGGUCACCUCAGACACCGGGUCACAGCCCCAUCACCGUAUCACAGUCCCCACACCAGUUCACCUCAGACACCGGGUCACACCUCCCUCACCGGAUCACAGCCCCACCAAUCCAGGUCACUUCAGAUACCGGGUCACACCACCGUCACCGGAUCACACCCCCCACACCAGGUCACACCCCCCACACCAGGUCACACCCCCCACACCAGGUCACCUCAGACACUGGGUCACAUCUCCGUCACCAGAUCACAUCCUGCAGACCAGGUCACCUCAGACACCGGGUCACACCUCCCUCCCCGGAUCACACCCCCCACACCAGGUCACCUCAGACACCCCGGGUCACACCUCCGUCACCGGAUCACACCAGGUCACCUCAGACAUUGAGUCACACUUCCGUCAACAGAUCACACCCCCCCCACCAGGUCACAUGAGACACCGGGUCACACCUCCAUCACUGGAUCACCCCCCCCCCACAACAGGUCACCUCAGACACCGGGUCACAGCUCCGUCACCAGAUCACACCCCCCACCCCAGUUCACCUCAGACACCGGGUCACACCUCCGUCACCAGAUCACACCCCCCACACCAGGUCAGCUCAGACACCCCGGGUCACACCUCCGUCACCGGAUCACACCAGGUCACCUCAGACAUUGAGUCACACUUCCGUCAACAGAUCACACCCCCCCACCAGGUCACCUCAGACACCCCGGGUCACACCUCCGUCACCGGAUCACACCAGGUCACCUCAGACAUUGAGUCACACUUCCGUCAACAGAUCACACCCCCCCCACCAGAGAGGACAAAGGAGGAGGAGAAGGAGAUGAACAAGCGGGAGGAGAAGGACAAGAAGAUGAGGGAGGUGGAAAAGAAAGAGGAGGCGAAGAUAAAGAAAAAGUAG